UCCUGGUCCUCAACCCUAGUCCCCAUGGUCCCAGAGCCGGGCCCUGUCAACAAUAGCAGCCCAGCUUGGGGGCCCGGGCCACCGCCUGCCCCAGGGGGAAGCGGCUGGGUGGCCGCCGCUCUGUGCGUGGUCAUCGUACUGACAGCGGCGGCCAAUUCGCUGCUGAUCUUGCUCAUCUGCACUCAGCCCGCGCUGCGCAACACGUCUAACUUCUUCCUGGUGUCGCUCUUCACGUCGGACCUGAUGGUGGGGUUGGUGGUGAUGCCCCCGGCCAUGCUGAACGCGCUGUAUGGGCGCUGGGUGCUAGCGGGUGGCCUCUGCCUGCUUUGGACCGCCUUCGACGUGAUGUGCUGCAGCGCCUCCAUCCUCAACCUCUGCCUCAUCAGCCUGGACCGCUACCUGCUCAUCCUCUCGCCGCUGCGCUACAAGCUGCGCAUGACAGCCCCGCGGGCCUUGGCGCUCAUCCUGGGUGCCUGGAGUCUCGCGGCGCUUGCCUCCUUCCUCCCCCUGUUGCUGGGCUGGCACAAACUGGGCAACGCUCGGACACCUGCCCCCGACCAGUGCCGCCUAUUGGCCAGCCUGCCUUAUGUCCUCGUGGCGUCCGGAGUCACCUUUUUCCUGCCUUCAGGUGCCAUAUGCUUCACCUACUGCAGGAUUCUGCUGGCCGCCCGCAAGCAGGCGGUGCAAGUGGCCUCGCUCACCACGGGCAUGGCUGGUCAGGCCUUGGAGACCUUGCAGGUGCCCAGGACCCCACGCCCGGGGAUGGAAUCGGCUGACAGUAGGCGGUUGGCCACCAAGCAUAGUAGAAAGGCCUUGAAGGCCAGCCUGACCCUGGGCAUCCUGCUGGGCAUGUUCUUUGUCACCUGGCUGCCCUUCUUUGUGGCCAACAUAGCUCAGGCUGUGUGUGACUGCAUCUCACCGGGCCUCUUUGACGUCCUCACGUGGCUCGGGUAUUGUAAUAGCACCAUGAACCCCAUCAUCUACCCACUCUUCAUGCGGGACUUCAAGAGAGCCCUGGGUAGGUUCCUGCCAUGCAUCCACUGUCCCCCGGAGCACCGGGCCAGCCCUGCCUCCCCCUCCAUGUGGACUUCUCACAGCGGUGCGAGACCAGGCCUCAGCCUGCAGCAGGUGCUGCCUCUGCCCCUGCCGCCGAACUCAGAUUCAGACUCAGCUUCGGGGGGCACCUCGGGCCUUCAGCUCACAGCUCAGCUUCUGCUGCCUGGAGAGGCAACCCGGGACCCCCCGCCACCCACCAGGGCCACCGCUGUGGUCAACUUCUUCGUUGCGGACUCUGUGGAGCCCGACAUACGGCAGCAUCCACUCAGUUCUCCCACGAACUGACCAGGUCAAGAGCUGGCCAGUGGAGAGUCACAUCCCAGAGACCUCGGCCCACUCUCCCUAAGACUGGGAGAUGGUAGGCCUCCUGGGAGCCUGCCGAGCUCCAUGAGACAGCCUCAGCUAGCCCCCAUCUUCCGUUACAGGCCCCUCGACAUGAAGGAUGAUCAGAAACACCUCUGUAGGGUGUAGGGUGCUGCAGUAUGGAGGUCACUGUGGUUAGUGUAGUGUGGCUGGGGGAGCUGAGGGAGAUGGGCCAUUUGGUUCAGGCCAGCAGGAAAGCAAUCUGUUCGUAGUCCUUUUUCUCUUGGUGAGUGGAAAGAACACAUUCAUCUAGACACCCCGGUUCUUGUCUGGCCCAAUCCCCUGCUAUCCAGAGUGCCAUCAAUGGGCUACUUGGGGUUCUCACAGGCUCUGGGGAGUUCAAAAUGCCCACCCUCUCCACUGAAGAUGUGCUCAGUCAAAAUUGUAUGUUCAUAUGCAUUCGCUGGACACUUCAGACCUGCCAGCCCUUAGGAUGGGGAUUGCAACGCUAAAGAGCACCUUAGGCCGGAAGCUGGCCAGUCAGAAACAUGACCCUUUCCUCAACUGUAUAUGGCAGUUUGGGGACUUGGCACAGGUCUCGAGGGGGAGUAGUGUUACCACCUUAUAAGACAAUGUGAAGGCUGUGCCCAGCACCUGUGAGGUGUCAGCAGGUGGUAAUUCUGUGGCUUUAACCCCUGGUCAGCCAGGGCUUGGCUCUGGUAGAAGGCUAGCAAGCACCUCUCCCCUCCCCUCCCCUCCUUCCCUCUCUUCCCUUUCCUUACCUCCCUUUUAUUUUU